UGGACAAUACUCUGCCCGGCCGCAUCCGAGAAACUAUUGCACACGCUGCGAUUUUCUACGAACGUUUCUUAUCUAAAAGUGCUUCGUUCAUACACGUGUCCAUAACGGAGCGUAAUAUAAGUAGAGCUCGUUCUAAUGAACCGACAGUCAAGACCAUAUAGUCGCGUUACGAAAAUGAUCCGCUUCACCGUGGUCGUCCUGGCUUUAGUCACCGUCUGUGUGGCGUCGAAGCCACGUCCACGACCACUUCUCGGUGGAUGGAGGGAUGUAGACCCAAAGUCCAGCCCCAAGUACUUGGAAUUGGCUCACUUUGUAGUGGGAUCGCAAACCAAAGGACUGGAAUACUACAAUACCGUCGUUGAAGUUACCAAAGCAAGGCAGCAGGUAGUAGCUGGCAUGAACUACAGGCUGACGCUCAAGGUGGUCCCAUCCACUUGCAAGGUCGGCGAAGCUGAGUAUAGCAGGGAACUUUGUCUGCCACAACCUGGUGCGGCAACAAAGAGAUGCGAAGCUCAUCUAUACGUGGUUCCGUGGAAGAACAAGAGGCAGGUCACUUCCUUCAGGUGCCACUAGGUUUUUCGUAUAGCUGUGAACGGGUAACACAGGCAGCAUGCAUGCAGUUGUGACGGAACGAAGAAAUUGACUGUUGCAACCCCCUGGGUUGCUAGCAUCGAUACACGAGCUAUGUUUUGUACUAUAUGUGGUGUGAGGCGUAUACGCACCACUUAGUGAUAGCUGGAGCUUUUACGGCUUUUUAAAAUCGAAACUUCUUCUGUAAUAAAUUGUAUUUACAAAAUA